GCGAUGACUCAUAUGUGAGGCAUAUGCUGAUGAGAGCUCGAAGUAAAGGUUGGAGAGUUGUGGUGUUCAAUAGCAGAGGCUGUGGAGAUAGUCCUGUCACUACUCCCCAGCUUUUUGAUCGUAUACCACUUCAAAAUGGGUAGUGAUAAAAAAUCAUGCCAAGAUGAGCGUGCAGGAGCAGAAAUUGUAUAUGGAGCCGAAGAGUGCUAUAGCAAUUCUCUUGAGCUCCUGAAAGAGUUGGGAUUUCCCCAGGGCACCCUUCCUCUUAAAGACCUUGAAGAAUGUGGUUAUGUUCGCGAAACUGGAUUUGUGUGGAUGAAACAAAAGGCUCCAUAUGAGCAUUACUUCGUCGCAACAAAAACUCUAGUUAGCUAUGCAACCGAGGUCACUGCCUAUGUGGAGAAAAACAGGAUGAAGAAAAUGACUGGAAUUAAGAGUAAGCAGCUAUUCCUGUGGGUGCCAAUAGUUGAGAUGAGCAUUGAGGAUCCUUCUCAGAAUAAAGUUUACUUCAAGACUCCUGUAGGAAUUGGAAAGUCUUUUCCUCUCACUGCUUUCAUGACUGAAGAAGAAAAGCAGAAGUAUCUGGAGAAAUCUAACGAGUAGAACGAUUAUCUAUAUGACUGCUCUUUUUGCUCUUUUUUCCUUUUCUGGCAUCAGGGCAUUGAUGCCUUUUGUUUUAUGUGAUUUUCAUAUGCUUGCUAAAAGAAUGAUCUUUAUGACCCAAGUAUAAGUUUCUCCGUCCAGUGGAUUAAUUUUCAAUUAAUCUCGUUUAAGUUGAUUAUAUAUUUUUUUAAUGCUAAUACUCUUUCAGUUGGAUUUUCCA